GUCGAGAUGGAGGAGAUGGAGCUGGUUGAGUCGGCUUUCAGCGACAUUGCUGCUUUCGAAGGCCUCAAAACAGUUCAAGAGUGGCGUGGACACCAGAAGGCUUCUUUACUUGCGCCGGCAGAGAACAAAGAGCAAACCAUGCUUUGCCACUCCAAGCUGGAGAUCAAGGAUGCCCUGACGAAGGUUCCGAGCUCCGAGACGCGGGCGGCGGUGUCCAACUUCCGGAGUGUCCUGGGUUGGAUGGGUGACAGACCGCUUCCGGAAUGCCAGCGGAUGGGCUACACCGAGGACAUUAUCAGUGUGGCCCGGAGUAGCCAGAGCCUUGCGGACGAGGUCUACAUCCAGGUGUUCUCCGGAGGCGUUUGGUACGAGCAAGCAAAAGAAGCGUCGAUGGACGUGCAGGUCCUCAAGCAGCUGAGAGACAAUCCUUCCCCUCGCUCGGAGUUGCUUGGCUGGAAGCUGCUUUUGCGGCUUUGUCAGCAGGUGCGACCAAGCGAUAGCUUGGAGGAAUUCGUGAGGUCCUUCGCCAUGCACCAGGUCAACAGCAGCAAUCACGAGGUGGCGCAAGUGGCGAAGCACUGCGUGUCUGACCUGAAUGCCAAUGUGGCCCCCGACAAGCCGCGCCCGGAUGGAGACGUGGACAUGAUUCCUGUCACUGUGCUCCUGAUCGAUUACAGUGUGCGGAAGGUGAUGAUUCCCAGAUCGAGCACCCUGAGGCAGCUCAAGGAAAAGGUCGGUGAACAGCUUCGCAUCGGCGCCCUCGAGGACUUCUCCUUCUACCAGAUGAUUGAGGGCCUUGACCACCACAGGAUGUUGCCAGACAGCGUGCUGCUGUCGGUGAUCGAGACAAAGUUUGCCAAGCUGAAGGAGCAGAACGGCCAAGCCUCCCAUCUGCUCUUCAAGCGUCGCUUCCUGCGCGUGGAUGAGAAGUUGAAUCCUGGCGAUUUGAUCCACGCGACCCUGACCUACCGGCAGGUCUUGUGGGACUUUCUCCACUACCCUGUGCAGGAGGACGAGACGUUCAUCAGCUCUAUCGCUGCAUCCAUCGUCAACUUAGAGUACGACCACUACAAGCCGUACGUUGAGGCUGGCCGGCUGGACGAUCCGGCAAUUCUUCAUCAACUGGUCCCCCAGGUCUCCUUGCGUGACCGGCAGUUCCGAAACUGGUCGACCAAGAUCCUCCAGCUUCUGAAGUCCCUUCGGGAAGGCAUCGAUCCUGAGGAGCCACGGCUCAUGGGCAUGAGCCGC